AUGGAGUCUUGGGUUGUGAUUGUCAUUUGCACCUCUCUGGCAGUUGUUACUAUGGAGGGUGUAAAAUGCCAGAACAUUGUGUACACUGACAACGGAGCGUUACAGGGAGCGACAGAAACUGUACAAGGGCGCAGAGUGGAUGUAUUCUUAGGUAUACCAUUCGCCAAGCCUCCAGUGGGAGAUCUCAGGUUUAGGUUACCAGAGCCUGCAGAGAACUGGGAAGGUGUUAAAGAUGCCACGGCCUUUGGACCUGCUUGCAUGCAAAUUGGACCAAAUCCUUAUGGCUUUCCAGACGUUAAGACGAUUUCGGAAGAUUGCCUGACACUGAACGUUUUUGUUCCUGGAUCCACAAACAGUUCCAACAAUAAGGCGGUCAUGGUCUGGAUACACGGUGGGGGGUAUACCACAGGUGGAACAGCCAUAUACAGUUUCAAAGAAUUCGCGGUGACAGGUGACGUCAUUGUGGUGUCUAUGAACUACCGUCUGAAUGUGUUUGGGUUUCUCAGCAUUGGUGACGACAGCGUACCAGGUAAUAUAGGACUGUGGGACCAAAUUGAGGCGCUGAGAUGGAUCAAGAAGAAUAUCCAGUACUUUGGAGGGGAUAGUGGGAGGGUGACGAUUUUUGGCGAAUCAGCAGGUGGCAGUAGCGUGGUACAGCUGGCCCUGGCGAACGCUUCUUCAGGCCUCUUCCAACGCUUCAUUAGGCAAAGCGGUAUCACGAACAGCAAGCGAGCAAAUCACGGAGACGACCUUCAUUUUAUGAUUGGUUCACACGAACCUUUCGUCCCCGGUGCCACUUUCACGGACGACGAGAAGUAUUUGUCUAAAAUGAUGAUGCGAUAUUGGUCCAACUUUGCCAAGACUGGAAAUCCAAAAAUGCCAGAGUCUGUCCCAGCAAUAUGGGAGGAAUACACUGCGAAUGAAAAGCACUACCUCGAGUUUGGUUACGACAUAGUGGGGAAGAGGAGUGUCAUUCCGGAACGGGUCAAAUUUUGGACGAAGACCAUUCCAAGAAUCCUUACUCGUUGCAAUUAA